GAACCUGCAACACGGCGUUCAACGCAAGCUGCUACAGUUGGACUGGACAUGUCUCCUUCACGGUCCAUAUUGCUGGUGGGAGAGGGGAACUUUUCGUUUUCUGCCUCUGUGAGCCAGUUUGAGACGGACACCAGCGUGACGGCCACUUGCCUGCAGCAUCAGGAGGAGGCACUGCGGCAGGAGGGCGCAGCCACCAACAUCAAGACCAUCAAGGACUCUGGCGGAGUGGUGCUUUUUGAGGUGGACUGCACAAAGCUGAAGGAGUGUGCGUCUCUGCAGGGUCGUGUGUUUGACCGUGUGGUGUUUAACUUUCCUCACUGCGGGAGGAAGAGUGGGGUUAAAAAGAACAGAAAUCUUCUCAAAAACUUCUUUCUCAGUUGUGUUCAGGUUUUGUCUGAAAAUGGCGAGGUCCACGUGUCCUUGUGCAACGGACAGGGUGGGACACCGGCAGACCAGCCGAAGCGAGAGUGGCACAACAGCUGGCAGGUGGCCGCCAUGGCGGCAGAGGCACACCUGAUCCUCAGUGAUGUCCAUGCGUUUGAAAGUGAGAAAUACCAGAGCUACAAGUGCACUGGAUACAGGAGCCAGGAUAAAGGCUUUCAUGUGGGGAAAGGUUUGGUCCACGUGUUCACUCGCAGCCUCCCCUACACUCCUGCUCAGAUACUUAAGGUGGAGGAGGCUGUUGAAGGGGACAAAGUUCAGUACAACAUACCAGCCGAGCUCAGUGAUUACAUAUUCAGGGGAUUUCUCUGCCCAGGUUCUGUCCAUCCUGUCAGGUUGGUGCAGGAUUUUCUUCUCAAAGGACUGGCGGAGAAGUGGUCUGUCUCCAUGACAACAGAGACCAUUCCCUUCCUCCUCACGGCCAAACAGCUGCAGGCAUGCUGCCGUGAUGUCGACAGCGCGCACUGCUACUGGGUCCAGCUGCUUCAGAAAGACCUCAACUGUGACACUCAGACCUCUUCAGACAAAGAGAAAGAUUUGGACAGUCAGGGGGACACAGGAGACACCCUGUCAGCCACAUGUGCUACUUCGGAGAACAGGGUGAGGAACAAAGGAGCUGAGUGCUUAAGGUCCGCAUGCUCUCUUGAUGUCGAUCCUGAAGGGGAAAGUGGUCUUUACGUGCUGCGUCCAUCACUGCUCCCUCAGAUGGAGGAGCUUCUAACGAAAAAAGAGUUGAUUAAAAAGGCAGGGAGUCACGAGGAGGAUGAGGGGAAUAAUAAAAGUGUUGAGGGACAUAAGACGGACGGGUCCUUUGGGGGCUGUAAUGGUGUCACCAGCUUGUUAUUUGGCAUUAGUGGCCUGGUGUUUAGGAACGUGCCUGUCAACCUCUGGGCUCUGCCUGCCUUUCAUGAGCUCCUCCUCAGAGGUGUUUUCCCAUCACAAUGUGAGCCAAUCAAAUUGCUCGGAGAGAGACUUGAACCGAUGCUCGCCCCCUACGGGGUCUCCCUGGUCACAGAGCAGGGAGGUUUACGUCUUACGGCACAGCCAGUGGGUUUGGUUGGCAGGGUGUCAGCAAGCAAUGCAAGUGACAACAUUGUCAGCGUCACUGUGUCCCUGAAUUUGGACCUCCUCGCCGUGCCCCUGUUCUCACUUCCUGACUGGCGGCUGCUGUGGUCACAUGACCCACGCUUUUUACAGCACUUUACACUCUGUUCAUCACCAGGGAAACCUUUCCGACCUUUCUCCCUGUUCCCCGAGCACUUUAGCUUUGACAUCAGUUUCUGGACAGGGCCGACGUGGGAGGAGAGGAAGUUUCACGCUGUGAUCAGAGAGGCGAGUCGCGGGACCGUGGAGCACAUUAAGCUCAUUGACACAUUCUCACAUCCUGACCUGAGUCAGACCAGCUACUGCUACAGACUCAUCUACCACUCACACACACACGCUCUGUCACACACACAAGCCCUCCAGUUUCAUAAAGACCUGGAGUCCCUCCUUACGUCUCGGUUAGAGGUCACCAUCAGGUAGCAAUGUCUUACUCUCCAGAAGGAUCAGGGAUUUAGCCUCUUAUUUUUCAGAGACACUAUUAUUACUGUUACUGUCUGUUUGUAACCUCUAAAUAAAUGUAAUUAUUAUCAUUAAAUUAUUAUAAUCUGCAAAACUGUAGUUGAACAGUGUUUACAAUAGUCGAGGCAUUGUGUGCUGUAUGUCUUUGAAAUGUGAUCGGCAUUCUGUGUAUCUGUUAUAACUGUCAUAUAAUAAACAUGUUAUUUAACAUAAA